UUAGGACAAACAUGGACGCUAUCAUUAUGAUUAAGUACAUCGCAUUGUUGGGAGGUGUCAUUCUUCUAACCAUUCCUUUGAUAAGCAACUACUCUUCCACAUCUACAUCUAAUUUACCUCAAAUAAGCAGAUCUCAUAAACAUGGGACCAUCCUCUUCUUCAAGGAGUUAUUUGAUGAAGAUCAGAAAAAUCAGCUAAGAGAGUUGCGUUCAGCAUUAUUUGGAGGUUACUGGAGGUAUUAUGAUCAUGAACAUACCCCGAAAGAUGGUAUUUCAUGGCAACUACCAGUUGACGCAGCUCUACUAUCCCAAUCUCCGUUCUGGAAUCUUCUCAACGAAAUUAUUCCUGAUAAUGAGAGUCAGGGUUCCUCAGAGCACGUGGACGCGCGAGCACGUGUGCUGAGACGUGGAGAUAACGUGAAGAUACACUCCGUGUGCAAUGAGCAGGAGUCUGGGUAUACUAUUGUUCUGUUUCUCUCCCAGCUUAAGGAUAGGAACGAUUACGGGGAGGUCCUCUUCUUUCAAGAUAAUGAUGUGCACACAACCCUACAACCUAAACAGUACAGUGUACUGGUGUGGUCCUGUAGGAUACCCUACCAGUUCCAAUAUCCGUCCAUAUCUACCGGCUUCGGUCAAGUGUUACUCCAGAUAACAAUGUACAAUACAGUUGAUGUGAAGCCCGCUUAUCUUCCUCACUCAGUCAAACAUUUCCCUAUUUUCCAAGGAGUUGACGCUAUCAACAAAACUUUCAGGGCAGAAGAUCACGUGACUACUGUGGAACACACGGCUCUAAACCGACCAAUCUACGUGCUGGAUAAUCUGUUCAGAGAGGAUAUGCUAGUUGAGCUGCGUGAACACCUGUACAUGUCGUCACAGUAUUACUACGACGACAGUGACGACGAGGGGGAGACGGACAACGUGCAGUGGAUCAGUGGUCACCGUACCAGCGAGUUUGUGAAGUCAGAAAUGUGGGCAGUUGUCAACCAAACCCUUAAUCAGAUAACAGGCCACGAAGGAUGGUACCCUUACGACGUUUCCUGUAAUCUGAACCGAGCAUGGGACCACACAAGGAUACAUAAAGACUGCUACGACAAGGAUGAGUACACAUUUCUCCUCUACCUUAACCCUGAGUUCAAACCGGGACAUCUGGGUGGUACGGUCUACUAUGAACACGAAGAUUUAUCCAACAUUGUGAUGUCAGUACAGAACAGAUACGGACGUGUAGCACUAUUCCACUGCGAGAUAAAACAUGCCGGACGACCACCACACGCUUAUCUUACUAACGCACGAUAUUCGUUCGCUGUAAAGGUUGCUAGGACCAAGCUAGAAGCUGUUCAACGUGAGAUGCAACAGAGUCUGUGGAAUGAUUUAGAUGACGAGGAUAAGCCGGAGGAGAUGACUAAAUUGACUGAGGAAGUGGGAUCCGAUCCGGAUCUACUCGAGAAUAAGUUUGUAGAUUAUUUUGAAGAAGAAUUGGACAAUAGGUUAAAUGAUUUAGAAACAGCUUUGAAAACGGCUGGUGGCAGCUAAUUUUUUAAUCCAAGACUCAGGUUAAUAUUGUUUCUUAUUUUCAGAAAUUAAUUGAUUUUUAUUUUGCAAUACUGAAGAAUUUUGUGUUUGUUGGUUUUCCUGUAUUGAUUAAGACCGUCCAGGAAAGGGUUUGUUGGUUAAUUUCCUGGACAGUGAACGGUAUCUUAUGUAAAUUAUUGAAUUUUAAUCCAAUUUGCAAGUCUUUAAUAUUUAUUCACAAUAUGACUUCGUUUA